GCAUGAAAUCGGUUUUAUGGUGCUUUGUGACGGCCCUCGCGGCCGCUGCCUCCUACAAUUUCGCAGAUACGGAAUUCAACAACUUUCUGGAUGAGGAACUGAUAGAAAUAUCAGUGGUUUCUGAGACUCCACGAUCCAAAAGGGAAUCGGAUCCUGAAAAUGAAACCACGUACUCUACGACAGCCACUCCUCCCGAAACGGAGGUUUCUCAAGUACCUUCCGUUUGUAGACACCACUGCAGGAAUGAUCGGCGACGUAUGACCUACCAUCACAGCCACCGUUAUCACGGCUGCUGUGGCCGAGGGUCCUUCAGAAACGCCAGAUUCAUGAAAGCGAGCGGUGAUUAUAUGAACGAAAGAGACUGCAUGCGUGAAGUGAUGGAAAACAUACCGAACGCUACAAAUGGUAAUACGGAUUCUUUCAACAUCUACUCUUGUGAAGAGGUGAACAGGAUGAAAAAAAAACACGUCGUAAGUAGCCAUGUCAUGUUUUCUAGUAGAGUGUGUGAUAUCGCAACUUAUGUGAUAUCGUAA